CAAGUGCAUGCAAAUGACAGCAAUCGACAAUUAAACAGUUGUAUCAUACAUGCCUCGCAAACGAAGGAAAAAGUCAGAUACGUAAAAUAUGAUGGUAGAAACGCGUAAAUUAAAGCGAUAAAGUGAUACGUUUAUCGAGCUUAUGUUUUGUAGUUUACUUGUGUAAACGAUGGCACCCACGAGAGACAAAUGGGUGAGGCGUUUUAUUAUUCCUGAAACGACACGGCAUAAAAAAGGUUUUACUAUCUACAAAAUCACAUCUGUGGUAUUUUUAAAAUCUUCUCAUGAAGAAAUAUCUAAGGUGUCUGUCUGGAAACGCUACAAUGAUUUUAAGAAGCUCCACUCAGAAUUAAAUAUUUUGUUUUCAAGAUCUCAAAUUAAAGAGAGCUAUCCGUCAUUCCCAAAGCCAAAAUUUUUUGGCAGGUUUGAGGCAGAAGUUAUAGAAGAACGACGGGAAUGUGCAUUGAAGUUUUUAGAAUUCAUAGGAAGACAUUCGUAUUUAUAUUCUAGUGAUAUUUUCAUAAAGUUUUUUGAGACUAGUCAUGUAGAUUUUUCCUUAAACGAUUGUUCACAAUCUCUUAGUUCUGACACAUCAGCAGAAGAUGAUCGUCAUAUGUACAUAAAUUCUCCACCCACUGCUGAUGUUGUUUCUCAUAGUAUUUUUGAACCUAAGGUAGUUCACAAUUCUAUAUCGCCUAUUUCCACCUCUGAAAAUGAAACAAAUCAAUCUCAAGAAGCUUGUAAAUCUAAGGAACUACAGUUUGCACAGUUGAAUAACUCAAAUUCUAAAACUGAAAAUAAAAAGGCAUCCAUGACAAAAAGUGCAGCUGAUAAUUUGCUUGUUCAAGAUAACAAUUUAGAUAAAAUUAUAUCCAGCUUAGAAGAUAAUCCAUUAAUUUGCAAUAAAAAUAAUAAUUAUUAUGAAGAUUCAAAUCAUAAUAUUCAAAAUGACAAAGAUUGCAUGUUUGUACAAACAUCAAGUGGUAAUGUGAACACUAAUGCAAUUGCUGCAAAUGUGAAUUCAUCAGUAAUAACACAUGAUGGUUCUGACCUACCUCAAACAUGGUCUGACUCUUCGCAAUAUAUUUUAGUUGCGGCUGCACAUAUGAAUGCAGCCUUUAAACAUGAAGAUCUUACAGAAUAUGAAGAAGCAUUUACCCAGUACAAAAUGGGAAUCUCUAGCUUACGAUCUGGUGUUGAAAUGGAUUCAAAUAAAAUAAGAGCAGAAAUAAUAAAGGAUAAAAUAUCAAAAUAUUUGGAACGUGCUGAAAAGCUUUACAAUAGAUAUCUAAAUUGUAAUAUUUCUUUGUUGAAUAAACCCAUUUCGGAACUUCAAUAUUACAAAGUAUUAAAGAUCAUGGAAUCAGUGAUGCUUGUGAAAGAUAUCCGCAGAAACUGCCUCAACAUUGUAAAAACUGUAAAAAAGUCACCGACAAAUAAAGAAAAUAUAAGUAAUUACAUACUACGUGGGCAGGUACCAUAUAUGGUACAAUUAAAUGCAUGUAUUGAGACAGAAACAACAACAUUCUUAAUUUUACAGCAUCUCGGUCGUGGAAAAUUGUGGAACUUUAUAAUGUCACAUUAUAAUUCCAACAAUAAUAUAUCAUGUGACCGAACAAUUGUGGAAAAUAGUAUUGAAAAAUCAGUCAAUAAUAUUAAUAUUAUUUUAAAGAAGGAAAGUAUCCAAAAUGGGGGAAGUGCAUCAGUAGAUAAUUUAAACUUUACUAGUACAAAUUCUAAAGUACAAAUGGAGAUAGAUCCAAUGGCAGUAAAAAAAAAGUAUGAAAUAUGUAGAGAUGUAUCUACUACGCGAUUAUUAGAAAAAGCGCAAAUACUGCUACAAUCGGUUAAUGCAACAUUAAAAGAAAGUAAUACAGUUGCCAAUCGAUUACGUGAAUCCGAUCAUUUUAUAAACCAUGAAAGUGAUACUAAAUUAUUAAAUAUAAAAAAUAAUAUAAACCAGUCUAAAAAUUGGACUGAAGUAUCAGUGGAUAUUAAUGAAAUAUCUUUAGAAAUCGGGGGCAUAAGCGAAAAUACUACAAUUGAAAAACUACCUGAAAAGAAUGUGAUAGUCUCGAAUUAUUUAACAGUAAAUAAUAAUAAAAAAGUGAAGAGUCAAUGUAGUACUGACAAUUCAUCCCUAAGCGAUAGUUUUAGAGACCUUAGUUUUGAUGAAAAAGAGUCAAGUUCUUCAUCGGAUAAUUUGAAAGGUGCUGACACAUACCUUACAAUUGAUCGUGCCGGUAGUAUUAAAGCUGAUAAUCUCAUAAAUAGUUUUGAAACAAAAAUAUUCACAAAAUCUUAUGAUAAAACGAAAAGAAGUGAUAAUCAUACAUCAGUGGAUCAACAAUUACAGUAUAUCACUACCACACAGUUGAUGGAAUCCAUAAAAAACGACACCACAGAUUUGGAACAGGACUUAUGGACGAUACCCGAAAAUGUAGUUCGUCUUUGGGCUGCUGAAAUACUUUUAGCAUUAGAAGCACUACACCAACAAGAAGUUAUAGUUUUCGAUUUAAAACCAGAUAACAUACUACUCGAUGACAGUGGGCACGUUCGAUUAACAUACGUUGUACCUACUCGCGACAUAGAUUUAUUGAAGUAUAAGUACCCUUAUGCUUCUCCCGAAUUAUGUAUGUUUUCGCCUAUGAUACCCCUUACUUCAGCUUCAGAUAUCUGGAGCUUUGGUGUUAUCUUGUAUGAAUUAAUAGUAGGCAAUAAGUUUCAGGACAAGCAUCCGAGCGUAUUUCAAUCACAUUCCAUUCUUAACAUUCCUAGUAAGUUAUCAGAGAAUGCAAAGUCCUUACUACUUAAUAUCGUAAAAUACCAACCCCAUGAAAGGUUGACAAUACUUGAGAUAAAACAACAUCCUUUCUUUAAAGAGAUUAAUUGGUCAAGUUUGGCAAAUACACUGUGA